AUGAAUGACAUUAAAGUAAUUAACUCUCCAGCACGUAAGGUAAAGAGAAGUAGGAACGAAUUUGCUGAGGAUCUUGAGAAUGAUACAUUAUAUUUAAAUGAUUAUUUAAAAAUGAAUAAUAGAAAAAAAGUAAAAGGAAAUAAAAUAUCAGAUGUUGAUGAACCUAUGAAAAUAGAAGAAACAAGAGAAUCAAUCUCUAAUAAUGGAAAGAUAUUGCAAAAUGAAAUUGAAAAAAAUGAUGAAUCCGAUAACAAUUCUCCAUUAUUAUGUACAUCAACUAUGAGAGGUCAAAGAAAAAGAUAUUCAAUAUAUUACAUCUCAGGAAACAAUUCUGAGCCAAAAGAUAUUGAAGGCAUGAAAUCAUUACAAGAUGAAUUAGUUGAGGCUGAAUUUAUUGACGACAUAUUAAAGAAAAAUAACAGUGAGGUUAUCUAUUCAGAUGAAUUAUUAGAAUCUGAAAAUGGUUAUAUUAAUGAUGAAAAUGAAAUGAGCAGUAAUAUUAAAACAGGGAUCAAGAGACCCACAGUAUUCAUUCCUAAUUUAAUUAGUAAUAUAAAACAAAAUAAUAGUUUGGAUCAUAACAUUAAAACCAAUACAUCAAGUACAAAUCAAGAAAGUUUAGAGAUUAUUGAUUCAACUUCAAAGAAAAUAAGUCUGAAAGAUGUUCAGGAAAACUUUAGGAAUAAUAUUAUUAAACAAAGAAAACAACAAUAA